GAAAGAGAACCCAACCCUGUUGAGCUUUAAAUAUUCCAAAUAAAGUUAACUAGGAAGCCAAGCGUUGAUUUUGGGCUGACCUGAAAAGCCAGCUGAUCGUAUUAAUUAAUAUGAAGCUCAAAGGUUGUAAAUUGGGUACUAUAUAUAUGUGUUAAUACUCCUGAGUCCUGACCUUAGUAUCUUUAAGAUAUCAUACAAUGGCAUCAGAAAACACAAAGCUGAAACUGAAGAGCGUUUUAGUUUCACAUGAGAGCAGUGACGAUGAAGAGGAGAAACCCGAGGUCACUUUAGAUUUAUCUUUGGACAAGUUAAACCUUGGUCCGAAGAAGAAACUUCUUGUGUUUUCUCUGGGAGGGCUGUUAGUCCACAGGCAACAUGAUCGCGAAAAAUCCACCAAGAUUCCUCCAAAUGUCAGACCUGAUGUUUUUCAUGGACAAUUUCGUGUGUAUAAGAGGCCAUUUUUUGAUGAUUUCUUGAAGUUUUGCUUUGAAAGAUUUGAAGUUGGAUUGUGGUCUGCUGCGAGAGAGCAUAAUAUACAAGCUUUAUUGAACACCUUACUGGGAAGUUACAAAAACAGGCUACUGUUUGUAUGGGAUCAAGAUGAUUGCACUGAUACUGGGUUCAAGUGCCUGGACAAUAAGUACAAGCCUAUCUUCUUGAAGGAACUUGAUAAAGUCUGGGAAAAACAUGGACAGUACUCCUCUGCUAACACACUGUUAAUUGAUGAUGAACCUUACAGAGCACUGCUAAAUCCACCCAACUCUGCAAUUUUCACUAAAAAGUACAUUGUCGGUGAUGUCGGGGAUGAUUUAUUGGGUCCAAAGGGAGAGCUGCAAUUGUUCUUAGAUGGCCUUGUUGAAGCUGCAAAUGUUCCUUCUUAUGUUAAAGAUAAUCCGUUUGGACAGUCUGCAAUAACUUCCUCGCAUUCUGACUGGGCAUACUACUCGAAAAUCAUUCGUAAGUUAGGAAGGGAGCUGCAUCGCAGAAGCAAGGUUGAGCUAUUAGAAUAAACCAUCUUCUAUGAAUAAAUUACCUACUAUGUGAGAAAGGAAUAUAUAUUAAGAUUGUGUGGUGUCUAUGAUCAUUAUGUUUGAUAUCAUGUGCGUGUGUAUUAUUCUAAGAUUGCUAAAGAAGCAUCAGAGAAGCAAGGGUUGAGCUCUGAUAACAUUUCACCUUCAUUGUCAUUAGUUUUUUUUAGGUAAAAGAGUAAGUGAAUGCAAGCGAAAGUAAAUGAACAAUUUCACUUUCAUCCCACUUUUGAAGUGAGAGUUCUGGAGUGAAACUCUGUUAUAAUUGCAUCCAUUUUCACU